GCAAUAGUGAAGCAAAAGCAACCCUAAAGGAGAGCGAGGGAGUGGGAAGUUAUUAGAACAUAAAGCUCUCUCAAAUCAUUUUGUCACCAGCAAGCUCUGACAAGCAAGGAGAGGGAGUGUGUUACAAGAGGGAGCUAAUAAAAAGAGUGCUGUACGAGAGAGAAGGAGGCUCUUUUUACACCAGACUGAGGUCAAGAGGCAUAAAGGUGGACAAACAGAAAAGAACAAAGGCACGACGGGAAGGAGAAAGGACAUUGGCUGUCACUGCUGCGCUUCCCGCGUUUACUGCCUGAGUGCUCGUGGACGGUUCAUUUGUUUAACUCCUUUUGUUUACUCCAUCUGACACUGGAAACUCGUGGGUUGGACGUUGUUAGUUUGAUUUUUCCUGACAUAUUACUUCACCAGGUCCAGCACGUCAGGGUAUUUUCCGAGAGGAUCUGUUUUCCUUUCAAUUCCUCUCAGUGAAGUGUGUGUGAGCGACCGGUGUGUUUGGUUAGCCGUGUCAUUGGAUCUUUCCACUUGUCUUUGUAGCGGAAAAAAGCUUAUUUGAAGAGAACAUGCGGUUGUAGCCCUUAAAAAGUCUAAUACAAAAGACUUAUUUUGACUGAUAACUUGUGAAGUCUUUGCUCUGUACUGUUAGUCAAACUUGACUGACCUUUUUGACCAUGUUUUAGGUGCUUUACAGAGCCUUACAGCAGGGUUUUUUUAACACAAGGUUUGCAUGUUAAGUCACUGUUACUGUUAUCUGAUUGUCCGAAUGCUUCCAGAAAAUCAGUCUGACCAGCAGAGGAAAACCUAAAGUUGUAAAAGCAAACUUUUGAGGAAAUCUAAGCUGGACACGUCCCUUUGUCUCGUUUCGAAUGCAGGAUGCAGCUGGAUGGGGUCCGGUUUAGCCCAAUAGUUGACAGGACUUCUUUAGUGGUUCUCAUGUGAGAAGCUGCGAGUAGAGAGCAAACACUCUCACAGAUGUGUCAUUGUAUCUGGACCUCUGCGUGUUUUCACAGCGGGAACUAUCCAAGACCUGAGGAGAGAAAAAGAGACAGACGUAUGGACUCACAAAAGCAUUUCUGUGUAUGACUGCCAGCAGUGAGCCGGCAAUAAAGUUGUGCUGAAAGGAGAAAAGCUUGUGCUUAAAAAAUGUAUGCUUAGAGGCAUAUGUAAAAGUGCAUGUCAGUGCUUGGUGGCGUUCAGGUCUUUGUGUGCCUCUAAGCUUGUGUGUGAGAGAGAGUUGUUGUUUCCGUUCGGCCAAACUACACCUGGAUGGACCUCUGAAACAGGUGAAGCAUCAGGAAUUUCCCUUAUUAGAUAUCAGCUGUGCUGCUGGCUUCAUUAUUCAAGGUGCUUUCCAGAAUCCUCAUCGGGAGCAUCACCUAUAUUAUAACAACACUGCCGUGUCUGUUUGAUCCAAACGCUCCGCAUCCAUCACAGACUCGUGUGAGCCUCUCUCCUUACCUAUAGACAGUUUGCUAUCAGAUCUGGCAGCAUGAGGUUGCUUUGCUUGGUGCUGAUGGCUCUGUGCAUGGUGGCUAGAACAGGAAGUAUGUCCACCUGCAAAACACUGGACCUGGAGGUAGUGAAGAAGAAACGGAUAGAGGCCAUCCGCGGUCAGAUCCUCAGCAAACUGCGCAUGGACAAAGAGCCCAAAUCAGAGAAAGACAGUGAAGGACAGAAGAUCCCAGAUGCCAUGAUUUCUCUGUACAACAGCACUGUUGAGCUGAGCGAAGAAAUGAAGAUGAAGCCCAUUUCUGUGCAAGCUGAAAAUGAAGAUUACUUUGGCAAGGAGGUGCACAAGUUUGUCAUCCGGCAAGUUCAGAAUGGCACAAAGUAUCAGAUGACUUUUAACGUGUCAGAGAUGAAGCAGAGUAUUCAAAACUACCAGCUGCUGUCUCAAGCAGAGUUUCGGCUUCGGAUUAAGAAUCCUACAAUGGACCAGGAGCAGAGGCUGGAGCUGUAUCGGGGAACGGGCGAUCAGGCUCGAUAUCUGGGCACUCGCUUUGUCUCCAAGGACUUGUCCGAUCGUUGGCUCUCGUUUGACGUGAAACAGACCAUGAUAGAAUGGCUGCAGGGUUCAGAAGAGGAAGAAAGUUUAGAGCUGAGGUUAUACUGUGGCUGUAAAACAGACCAACAGAGUAAUGAUAAAUUCCUCUUCAGUAUAUCAGGACUAGACAACCAGAGAGGUGACACUGCUAUUCUGGAACAGAGGAUGGCAAAGCCUUAUAUUCUGGCUUUAUCUUUGCCUUCUAAUGGCAUCUCCCCUGCAUCCGCUCGCAGGAAACGAGCUGUUGGCACUGAUGAAACUUGUGAUGAAAAAACUGAGACCUGCUGUAUGCGGAAGCUUUACAUUGACUUUCGGAAAGAUCUGGGUUGGAAGUGGAUCAACAAGCCGAAGGGAUACUUUGCCAACUACUGCAUGGGCUCCUGUACCUACAUCUGGAAUGCUGAGAACAAAUACUCCCAGAUAUUAUCCUUGUACAAACACCACAACCCUGGUGCAUCGGCUCAGCCAUGCUGCGUACCUGAAGUCUUAGACCCUCUGCCCAUUCUGUACUAUGUGGGAAGACAACACAAGGUGGAGCAGUUGUCCAACAUGGUGGUGAGGAGCUGCAAGUGCAGUUAGAGUUCAUCUGGCUGCAUAACAUUAUGUUAUCUUCAGAAGUGAUCUGUGGCUUUAUAUCUUUCUCUGGACGAAAAGUAAGCAGAGAGAUAGAUGUAAAGUCUUGGAAGGAAAAUCAGGAGCUGAGACAACAGACAGGAGAAAGGAGAAGGGACAGUUGGGCAAAAGUGGAAGCAAAAGCAAAGAGGGGAAAAGACUUUCUCAACGAUGCCCCUCUACAGUGGCACACAAAGACAUUUUGUUAAAGCAUUUCAUAAAACAAGCUCAAUAUUAAACCAAGUAUAUGCUUUUAAAUGUUUAUUUACAUUAUCAGUUCCCAUUAAUUUAUUUUGCCUUAUAAGUUCAUCAUUUGAUUGUACCAUGAAGGCAGCCGUGUAGCAUUGCAUGCCAAAUGUUCAAUGAAGAUUUCUAAUGGUGCUGAACUGAUAGAGGAAAUCAUGUCAAAGGAACAUUUCAAAUUUCAAUUAAAAGUAAACACAUAAAAGAGAAGUGUUUGCACUAAAUGAUGGAAGUAAAGGCUCAUGACGUGCAGUGUGAGACUUACAAGAAAGCUAAUGGGAUUGGAGAAUGGGUCAAUUAACUGCUUUAUAGAUUUUUUUUAUUUUUUUUAUGUGCGCAGUAGGUUUUAUUGUCAUGCACAGCUGUGCUUUGAAGCCUGUUUAUGUGAACAGGGUCUGAGUGGAACAGAGGUAUAGAGGUAUAGGAUUGAAUGGUGAACAUUUCAAACUUCAUAUUGCACUGUAUGCACUCUACUGUGUUUCACGGGAAAAUGUCUGCCUCUUCAGGUCCUCCCGUAGUAGGGUUUGUUAGCAAUCUCAGCAAAACACGUCUGGGACACAUUUCACAUUUAUGAAAUAAAAUAAUUUCACACAAAGGUGGUGAAUCUUAUUUUUAGGACCUUUAAGAUUGUUUGCAUUGGGUGAUUUUCUGUGUCAUAAAAUUGUAAUGUAUCUAUUCAGUUCAGUUAUUAUUGUUUUACAGUAAAAGGACAGAUAGUACAACAAAUACAUACAAUAUCUGUAAAUACUUAUAUUAAAUUAUUAAAGUAAUGAAUCGCUAACAAGAAUGUGCUAAGUUGUCAAAAUGCAAAUAAUCUGCUCCUAAAAACAGACUUAAGUAAUACUUUACAGUUUUUUUUUUUUUUCUGUUAGUUUCAGCCAUGUUUGUGCACAUUAUGUUUUUGUGUUGAUGAGUCUCUAUUCAUGCGUGUGUAUGUUUGUUGUGUGGUGUUCAGCUGUGUUGGCCUAGUACUGACAUCUUUACAAGGAACAUUAUUUAUAGAGGCUUCAUGUCUUUCUCUGCCCUGUUUGACAUCGGCGGUGUUGAGUGAUCAAAAUUGUGUUCUGUAUGUUAGCUUAAAGACAACACGACUGAGAAUACACUGUUUGCAAAAUUAAUGCAGUGACAUGCUUAACUGAAAAAUACUGGCUAGUUGUUGUAAAACUACAGUCCCUUGAGGAUACUGUCAUCUUUGCUAUACUUUGACAACUGCAAGUGUUUGAAAUUGCUACAGAAUUCCUUUGACAAACAUUUUACAUCCAUGCAGUGUUUUAUUAUAUAAUUACAUUUCCUUUUUUGCACUUAUUUUAUGCAAUUGUGAAAUUAAUUGUUUCAAUAAACAAAAAUCACAA